UGGGUAUCAAAGUUUUUGGACGCCUUCAGCCUUCUCUCAAAUUCGCCAUCAACGCUUAUUAGUCCUUUCGUUGAAAACAGUGUCCCAAAACCUUUGUUUCAUUUCAUCCAAAAGAAAAAGAAAAAAGAAAUACCUUCUUUCUACCCUCUAUUAAUUCCUAAAACUUUUCUCUUCAACAAUAUCCAUAAUCAUUUUAUUUUAAUGGAGCACAUAAUGGGACUUCUCAGAAUUCACGUCCACAAAGGAGUUGACCUUGCCAUUAGAGAUGUCGUCAGUAGUGACCCUUAUGUAGUGAUCAGAAUGGGCAAGCAGAAGUUGAAGACUCGUGUGGUGAGGAAUUGUGUGAACCCCCAAUGGAAUGAAGAUUUGACCCUCUCAGUUGUAGAUCCAACUCUUCCAGUCAAGCUUUUGGUGUAUGACAAGGACACAUUUUCUAUGGAUGACAAAAUGGGAGACGCUGAGUUUGACAUUAGGCCAUUUGUCGAGGCUCUAAGGAUGCGUUUGGCAGGCCUACCCAGUGGAACCAUAAUCACAAAAGUCCAACCAAGUAGGCAAAACUGCCUAUCUGAAGAAAGCUCCAUAAUUUGGAGUGAGGGCAAACUGGUUCAGAACAUUUGUCUCAGACUUAAAAAUGUGGAGAGUGGGGAAGUGGAACUACAACUUGAGUGGAUUAAUGUUCCUGGUUCCAGGGGUAUCUGAGAAUUUGGGUUACUUACUAUAGCUUCUGUUAAAUUACAGUACAGUACAUAACAUAUUUUGAAAAGAAGAAGAAAAAAAAUGUUAGAUUUAUAGCCAAGCAAGGUGGUAACAACUUUGUUUACCUGUUAGAAACUGAGUGAAACUAUUUUAUUUAAAUGAUGUGUUGUAAUAAUAGUUCGAGGCCUUUCAAAAAAUAAAUAGUUAUAGGUUUUUAUUUUCACUAGUGUGUGCUUUAUUUAACUGUUUCUUAGAAAAAGUAGUCUAUUCGAGUGGAGAAUUGCGGAAUGUGUAAAUCUUCACUAUACAUGAAUGUGCAAUUUUUGCGUGA